UAAACACAACCGAAUGAUAACGAGCUUACUAACUCCAUAGAAUUUCACGGAAGUGUGCAAUAAAAUUCUCUGAGUUUUUGUGUUAAUUUACACACCGGGUAUUAAUUUUUUGUGACAGAAUACUGCGCCGAUUCUGGCCAGUUUAUCCCCGACGAAACGAAUUGUGGAUAUUAAAUCGAAAGCGAGGUCACUCUCGAUAUACAAACAAUUCUCAUCCUAGUGUUCGCGGUAUAAGUGUGUUAUCGGUGCGCAAUUUUCGCGUAAAAACGCUGAAAAAGUUUUGGAGGUUUUUCGUAAUGUGGCGCAAUAAAUAGGGAGGCAGAUUUGGCGCGCAAUUAGCAUGUUGUCAUCGUUUAAGUUAAAAUGGAUAAAAUGGAAGUCGAAGACAUAAUGUGCGAUCAAAGCAUACUCUACCCAGAAGUCAACGUUCAAUUCGCAUCAAAAAUCUCCUGUUUAGUCAUAUCAGCUAGUAAAUUAUGGGUAGCUAUAGACAUAUUACUAAAAUCGAUAUUCCCGCCGAUUUCUUCGAUGUGCUGCAUGAUAUUCCGCAAUCCCCACGCGACUUACCAGAACGUCAGGCACCAACUGUUCCCCACUUUGGUAGCUUUCAUAGCCAACACCCUAUCGAACUCGCUGGCCUCCGUCCAAAACCUAUCCCUGCCGGUGACCCUAAGGAUAACGAAGGACCACGACGGUUGCGAAAGAGCCGUUAUCUCCGAUGACGCAACGGCCGAUGUCGAAACCGAGAGGUCCGUGGAGUGCGUGGUGCUGCACGAGCCCGAGCAAAUCGCCGUCGAUGUGGUGUUUAUCCACGGAUUGCACGGGGGGUUGGACAAGACCUGGAAGCAAGGUACAUGGAGGACGAGGAGGCACAAACUUGUUAAUCAAACUCCGGUUAGAAGGCGGUCUACAGCCAACGAUUUUUAUGUGCCUACUAAUGGACACCAGAUUAAAACCUGGUUGGAUGUUUAUUCCAAAAUACCGAAUAAAGUGCAUUUGAGAGAAAACAAAGGCGAAUGCACGGAUAUUGAGAUGAUUGGCAAGGAUUUCAGCGAAUGUUGGCCUAAAGAUUGGUUACCCAAAGACUGCCCUGAUGCUAGAAUUAUCGCUGUAAAUUACACUACGGAUGUUCUGUGGACUCUUACGUGGACGAAGCAACGAAGAAGGACAAACCUGGUAGACAGAAGCAACGAAAUGAUUAACGAACUAAUGAAAUUAAACGUGGGUGGCAGGCCUAUCAUAUGGGUAGGUCAUUCUAAAGGUGGCCUCUAUAUUAAACAGAUUUUAAUAAACGUGUUCGAAAAUGCCGAGAGGAAAGAGGAGGUCGCAAGAAUUUUCAAUCAAACCAAAGCAAUUAUGUGGUACAGCGUUCCGCAUAAAGGCUCAUCUCUGGCCGAUUUCACUCUACCUUUGUUGAGAAGGAGCAUCGAAUUGUUGGAAGUUCAAAGAAACGGCAGUUUUGUUUUGGAAUUACACAGGAGAUUUCUGGAAAUAAUCAAUAAAGAAAAAUCUAACAUAGAAAUCUUCAGUUUCAUAGAAACAUCGUUUACUUACAUGGUGUUUAUUUAUUUGAAAAUUGUAGCAUAUCAAUCUGCAGAUCCAGAUAUUGGCAUAAAAUGCGACGUACCUUUGGACCAUCGGGAAAUAUGCAAACCGGCCGGUCGAGACUGCUUUCUAUACCUAGAACUGAUAAAAUUGAUAAAAAAAUGCCUAUCCAUUCCGAACGAAGCUAAUAACAAUAUCAACCCUCACGAAUGACGCCUGCAUAGAGCAUGGUUCAAUCAAAUGAUUUUGUUCCUAGACUAUUAUUUAAUAUUCUUACCAUUGUUUUGUCACUCUAUACCUCUGUGAUACUAACGUAGUAGCGUUUCAAAAAUUAUUCUAUGAAUAGGAAUAGUUAUAGUUUGCUGUAAAAAAAUUAUAGCGAAUCGUUGAGCUAGUGUGAUAGUUUAAUCCUGAUGAGCUAUAUUAGUCUGGACAGUGAUGUAAAUGUGCAAUAUGAAAGAAGAAGUCCACAUGCGGGUGUGUAUGUUUAACGUUAGGUUAUUCAAGAAAGACGUCGACGAGCCAUGUAGUAUGAUGAUGAUAUUUUGAUAGUAAUUAGGCGGUAAUAUAAGAAGUACUGGCAAACGGGGACAAAGCAACUUGUGAUUAGUAGGUUUACAAAAAAAACAUUGUUAAUUUGUUCAAUUUUGUUGAUAGUGAAAUAAAAGUACAUAUUACUGUUUUAAAAUGGAUAUAAUUUAUUGAACUA